AUGCUUGCGGCGCGGCGAGCGCUCACUUCAUGCUUUGACGGCCUGCUGGACCUGUUCCAGGAUGUGCCCAGCUCGCUGAAAUGGGCGGACUCGCUUGGCGGGGCGCUGGUUCCUGUUUCUGAAUCCGAGCCUCUUUCGCUGACCGUGAAGUCAGGGACUCCCCCUCAAGACUUGGUCGGUGCUUACAUGCGGGUUGGCCCCAAUGCGCAGUACUGGCCGCCGACAAAGCGCACCCAUGCGUUUGAUGGAGAUGGAAUGGUUCACGCAGUUCGCAUCUCCGAGGGGAAGGCUACAUACAGCUGCAAGUUCAUGGAGACUCCGCGAUAUCUUUUCGAGAAAGAGUACGGCAAGGAAUGGUUCACCCGUAUCGGAGAAUUCCAUGGCUUGUCGGGUCUCAUCAAGAUCAUGACAGUAGUUCCCAAAAAGACGAAAUUGGCCAACUUGGAUGCAAGCUUCAAUGCAUCAACGGCGAACACGGCCAUAGGAUACACGCCAGAAGGAAAGCUUUGGGCGCUGAAUGAGGGUGGCGCGCCGUUCCAGUUCGCAUUAGAUCAGGCCGGCGUUCCAAGGAGCCUGGGUUUCGAUACUUUGGGUGGAACACUUCACGAAUCCAUCUCGGCACACCCCAAGUUUGACUUCCGGACGGGGGAGACCUUCUUUCACGGGCGCAAGCUGGCAGCGAACAACUUCUACGCGGGCCGCGUAUUCAACGGUAGGUUGGUGGACAGACUGGACGUGGAUAUAAAAGUGCAGGGAUUCCACCAUGACAUGUUCAUCACGGAGAACUACAUGGUCCUCGUGGAUGGCUCCACCCGUUUCACACCGGACGGGGUCGUGAAAGGGCAGCCGCUCUGGAACUUCGACCAGGGCAGGAAACUGCGCUUUGGCAUUCACCCGCGAAAUGAGAAGCUGUCUUCCGAAAGCAUGAUUUGGAUUGAGGCCAAUGAGGCAGCCGAGAUUGUGCACACCUGCUAUGCCUACGAUGAGAGCGGCAAGAUCGUUUUGUGGUCGCCUGUUGAGUACUACGAGGAAGGCGCCAAUGAUGGCAUCCUAGGAGGUAUUGGGCUUGGACGCAUGCAUCGAGUUGUGAUCGAUCUUGCCUCCAAGGCUGUACAGAUUGAGAAGGUGGCUGGGGCGGACCAGUACACGACAGAGUUCCCUCGCAUACGAGACGACCGCAUCGGCAAGCGGGUGCGUCAUGGCUACUCCGGGCUUCAGGUUCCAGGAUGCGACUUCAACUUCCGCGGCAUGCUGAAAUGGGACUUUGAAGAAUGCAAGCUGGAUGGUGUCAUUCACUAUCCUGACGAUGUUAUUGGAGGCGAGCCCAUAUUUGCACCCCGCAAUGGCACGGGCGAGGAGGAUGAUGGCUACAUGGUGGCGCUGCUGUUCAAUGAGAAGACCCAGGAGUCGACCUUCACAGUGUAUGAUGCCAAGACAUUCUCAUCGACGCCCGUGGUUGAAUACUCGGUUCCGCGGCGGGUGCCCAUCGGCUUCCACGCGAUUUGGCUUUCGGAAGCACAGUUCCAGAAGCAGCUGCAAACGCUCAAUGCCUGA